AUGUCUUCAAGGCAGGCGUACGACGAAAUGCCGGUCGUCAACCAUGAGCAGUCUCCUCCUAAAGAGAUGGAAAUGGCUAGGGACGGCAAUGCCGUUGACAAGGUCACCGAGCGGAAGAUCAUGCGCAAGCUCGACGCCAGGAUCAUUCCUAUGGUCAUGUGGAUGUAUCUCCUCAGUUUUCUCGAUCGUGCUGCAAUUGGUAAUGCUCGCCUGUACGGUAUGGAGGACGACCUUGGGCUUGUGGGUGACCAGUAUCAAAUCGCAGUAUCGGUGCUCUUCAUCACUUACUGUCUCUUCGAAACACCAUCCAACAUGAUCAUUAAGCGACUCCAGCCAGCAUACUAUCUCUGUGGCCUAACUUUGUGCUGGGGUUUGGUCGCCACGUUCACGGCUUUCCUGUACCUCAGCAUGUUCUACAACCGCAGCAACAUCGGCCUCCGGACCUCCUACUUCCUCGCCACAGCCGCCAUCUCCGGCGCCGUUGGCGGACUCGUUGCCUACGGCGUAGGUUUCAUGGACAAUGUGGCCGGCUGGCGUGCCUGGCGUUGGGUGAUACUCAUCGUCGGCCUUCCCACCAUCUGCACCGCCUUCAUCAUCCCAUUCGUCCUGCCCAACAGUCUCGAAGCCGCAAAGUUCUUGACCGAGCAGGAGAAGCAGGAUCUUCGGACGCUGAGGACUACAGACAUGGGCCAGACAAAGUCUGCCCAGGAACUGCAUAAGGCGGAUGUGAUGGAGGGUGUGCGGGACUGGAAGGUGUAUGCAUUUGCGGUCGCGCAGUUCUGCACCAAUACUAUGUUGUACUCAUUCAGCAUCUUCUUGCCGACAAUCAUCAGGUCAAUCGGCACGUGGUCGACGGCGGAGGUGCAGGUGCUCAUCAUCCCAGUCUAUGUUACGGGAGCGGUCAUCUAUAUCAUCACGGGACGCAUCAGUGAUAAGAUCCAACGGAGAGGGAUUUUUGCGAUCGGUGGCGCUACUACGACGAUUGUCGGAUAUUGUCUUCUGGUGCCGAAUUACAACACCGGCAUGUCGUUCUCAGGCUGCUUCUUGGUGGCAGCGGGCUGCUAUUCCGCCAUUGGCACGCCGCUAGCGUGGCUUACUUCCAAUAUGCCUCGCUACGGGAAGAGGGCGUACGUCAGCGGUGUGCAGCUGGCGGUCGGCACGGUCGGUGGUAUUGUGGCGCCGUGCUUGUUCUCGACCGGGACAGGACCCACGUACUAUCCUGGUUAUGGGGCGAUGAUCGGGAUCAUGUUCCUGGCCAUGGUGCUGUUCGUGGUGCUGCAUUUAUUCUGGAAGAGACAGAAUACGAGGAGAAUGCGGGGAGAAGAGGAUUGGAAGAUUGAGGGCAUGAAGGAAGAGGAGGUGGCGGAGAUGGGGGACAAAAGUCCACGGUUUAUGGCUAUGACUUAA